UGUCGCAAACGUGAACAACCGAUCACCAGAAUAGUUCGAUUUUUCGCGAACGUUUUGAACAGUACAUAAUAGUAUUAUGCCUGCGAUAGGAAUUGAUCUUGGUACUACCUAUUCUUGCGUAGGUGUUUUUCAGCACGGGAAAAUUGAAAUUAUAGCGAAUGAUCAAGGCAAUAGAACAACGCCGAGCUAUGUUGCUUUCAACGAUACAGAGAGACUCAUAGGAGAUGCGGCGAAAAAUCAAGUUGCAAUGAAUCCUACAAACAGCGUUUUCGAUGCAAAACGAUUGAUUGGUAGAAAAUUCGAAGACCAGACUGUGCGUAGCGAUAUGAAACACUGGCCUUUCAAAGUUUUAGAAGUCGACGGUAGACCAAAAAUUGAAGUUAAUUAUAAGAAUGAAACUAAAUCAUUUUAUCCUGAAGAAAUAAGCUCGAUGGUCUUGGUAAAAAUGAAAGAAACUGCCGAAUCUUAUUUGGGUUCAAAGGUGAAAGACGCGGUUGUGACAGUUCCAGCCUAUUUUAACGAUUCGCAGAGACAGGGGACCAAAGAUGCUGGAGCUAUAGCUGGACUGAACGUUUUACGAAUUAUCAAUGAGCCGACCGCCGCCGCGAUUGCAUACGGACUCGAUAAAAAAGGUGGCGGAGAACACAACGUACUAAUCUUUGAUUUGGGUGGUGGCACUUUUGAUGUUAGCGUUUUAUCCAUCGACGAUGGAAUAUUUGAAGUUAAAUCCACAAGAGGUGAUACUCAUCUUGGUGGUGAAGACUUCGACAAUCGUAUGGUAAGCAAAAUUUUGAUUGAGAUUCAAAGAAAACACAAAAAGGAUUUAUCUCAGAACAAGAGAGCACUACGAAGACUACAUACAGCUUGUGAACGAGCAAAACGAACACUUUCAUCUUCGUCGCAAGCGAGCAUUGAGCUUGAUUCUCUAUUCGAAGGGGUUGAUUAUUCCACCACCAUUACUAAAGCAAAAUUUGAAGACACUUGUUCUGAUCUUUUUCGCAGCACUUUAGUGCCGGUUGAGCAAGCUUUACGUGAUGCCAAGCUAGAUAAAAGUAACAUUGAUGAAGUUGUUUUGGUCGGUGGGUCAACCCGGAUUCCUAAAAUUAAGCAAUUGCUGCAAGAUUUUUUCAAUGGAAAAGAAUUAAACAACUCCAUCAAUCCAGACGAGGCUGUUGCUUAUGGGGCCGCAGUACAGGCGGCUAUUUUAUCUGGCGACAAGGCAGAAGAAAUCCAAGAUGUGCUACUUCUUGAUGUGGCACCUUUGUCUCUUGGUAUUGAGACAGCGGGUGGAGUUAUGACUGCAUUAGUGAAACGAAACACGACGAUUCCUUCAAAAAUUACCCAAAAAUUUUCAACGUAUGCCGACAAUCAGCCUGGUGUUCUUAUACAAGUUUUCGAAGGAGAACGAGCAAUGACAAAGGAUAAUCAUCUUUUGGGAAAAUUCGAACUUUCAGGUAUUCCACCGGCGCCGAGGGGAAUACCUCAAAUCAAUGUAUGCUUUGACAUUGAUGCAAACGGGAUUCUCAACGUCUCAGCGCUAGACGAAAGUACCGGCAGAGAAAACAAAAUUACUAUCACAAACGACAGAGGCCGACUCAGGAAAGAAGAAAUCCAGCAAAUGAUCAAUGACGCAAAUAAAUAUAAAGAGGAGGACGAGAGAGAAAAAAGUCGCAUCCAAGCUAAAAACAGCUUGGAAUCACUUGUGUACAACGUAAAAGCCGCUGUAGAAAACGACAGCUCGAAAAAUAAACUUACAGAAAACGACAGAUCAGCGGUUUUGCAAAAAUGCAAAGAAACCAUUGAAUGGAUUGAAAACAAUCAAGCAGCUUCAAAAGAACAGUAUGAAGAUCAACAAAAGGAACUUGAAAAUAUCUCGUCACCAAUCCUGACUAAACUUCACCAAGAAGCUGGUGGUGCCGGUUUUCACAGAGCCGGCGAUGCGGGACCGAGCUCAAAAUCAGAGUCGUCUGCUGGGCCUACCAUUGAGGAAUUAGACUGAAACCUUGAUAUAAAAUGCAAUAUAUGGAUAUCUAUUCGGUAAUGAUUACUACAACAUAACCUAUUUAAAUACGAUAUGCCUCGUAAUAUAUUCGUAACAUAAUCAAUCCUGAUCAGAACAAUGUGUUUUCUCUGGUAUAAAAUAGUUUAACGAUUAUCAAUGUCCAUAGUAUAAUGUUUGUCAUGGCGUAUUAUGUUUAAAUUAUUUUAUAUAUGUUGCCUAUAAGGUCACAAACAUACGACCUAUAUCGUAUGGUGGUAUCCCUCUCCCCGGUCUAUAUCAUAUAACUGUGUAUUUUGUUUAUAAUUUUAUUUGAUUCAUGCUUGUAUUCUGGUUGAGGAAAUAAAUCUUUCUCUCUCUAAUAAAAAUAAAUUAAUAUCAUUGUUCCUUGUUCGUAAUAAUACAAAAUGAAUCGAAUAAAAUAUGGUAGAUACAGAAAAUAACAAAUAUACUUAUCAUCAUUCUCAAUAAACGUGAGUCAUAUUUGACCAUAUAUGUACACCAAAAUGUCUUUGAAUGCUUUUGCUUUGCAUGAUUGCAUUUCUACUGUUACAUUAUUCUUCAAAACUGAGGGAUGUGAAUUUUUUUCCAGAAGGACAUGUUGUUUUCCACAUCUUGCAUUGGUAACGUUAGAUUACGGUGAAGGUUAUUUGCUAACGUGCUUCAUAAACUCCCCUUCAUUUUGAGGCGAUCAUUAACGCUGUGGAAAGAAUGAUUUAUGAUAAUGUACUUCUUAAAUCCAACGAUCGGUUGGUAACCGGC